GGAGAUUACGUUAGCGCGCGAAAACGACCGUUGGCAACUUCGUUCUGUGGAGUUCUCUGGAAAACUGCCGUGUUAUUAAAAAUAAUAAUUUCCAACAUGUCUUCCACUCAGUCGAUCAUUCGGAAUUUCGAUGACCUUGUAAGAUGCUCAAGUGUCCUAACUGAAGGGAUCGAAGGAGAAUUUCUUAAGUUUGUUAAACACCAAGAAGAAUGCAGACAGAAAUGGAUCCGUGCAGAGCAAGAAAAUGUCUCCAUGAAGCAGAGCAUGGCCAAACUAAGAGCAGAAAAAGAUACUCUUAAUGUGCAUCUAAAGCAUGCCAGAAAUCAGUUAGAAAAUGAAAUGCAAAAGAGGACAAGAAUAGAGCAGGAAAAAGACCACUUGGCAAGACAGUUGUCGUUGAUAAAAGAUCUGCUAUGUGAAAGAGAUAGUGGAAGUUUAACAUCAAAAGAAAGGGACACUAUUGCCCUUCUUGGAAAUGUCCCACCCCCACCUGUCAACAGAGGUAGCUAUGGAUUGAGUGAAAGUUUCACAACUACCAGAGAUUCAAUUGGCUCUAUGCUGUCAGAAUCGGAAUAUGAUAAAUCUGGUGAUGAUAUCUUGAUGGACGACCGAUAUUCAACUGAUGGUUCCUUGAAAACCGGAUCGAAAAGGGGGAAGCCCUCUGCUCCACCCGUUAGCGAUGGAACUGAAACAGAUGACCUGGAUGUGAAUAUAAAGAAGACCAGGGUAACUGAAGAGGUUGUAGAAACAGUCAGCUCAAACAUGAGACUAACCAUCAGCCCUGGGGUGCGAACUGAGAGGCUAGACAGGGACUUCAAUCGCCCACCACCCCAAAAGAACAGAAGGUUGCCAACGAAAGGGCAUUUACGAAGACAUGCCAGUGACAGUGACUUGAGCACAGUGACUGAGUCAGACAAGGAAAACAACACUAUGCUGUUGGAUGACCAGCAGAUUCCCACCAAGACCACUAGACAAAUUACGAAGCAGGUCACCGAUUCCAAACUGUACCCAAAAAUAAGUGACAGCUCUCCUAUGCCGCAGAAGGUUAAAUAUGCGACCUUGAACACUCCAAGAUCGCGACGGGAAAAGUUUCAUUCGUUCGUCUCAAAGACAGUUGUCAAGCCAGAAACAUGCUUUCCAUGUGGCAAGAAAAUCAGCUUUACCAAGACAGUUCUCAAAUGCAAAGACUGCAAAGUGGCCUGUCAUCCGGAUUGCAAGGCAAAGGUGCCACUGCCUUGUAUCCCUACAAAGGAGACUCCAAUGAAGAAAAAGGAAGGGACAAUAGAGUCUUAUGUUCCGAGAACAGAGCCAAAAAUUCCUUUUCUUGUGGUCAGGUGCAUACAGAACAUAGAGAGUCGUGGCUUGGAUGAAUGUGGCAUUUAUCGGGUCUCUGGUGCCGAAAAAGAGGUUAAGGAGCUGCGAGAUAAAUUUAUAAGAGGCAAGAGCCCUGAUCUGAGCAAAUACAGAGACAUCCACGUUAUUUGCGGCACCCUGAAGGACUUUCUUCGAAGUUUGACCGAACCCCUUGUUACCUUCGCUUUGCACGAGGCCUUCAGUGAUGCUGCCACCUCGUCUGACGUCAGCGACAGUGCAAUGUUCCAGUGUGUAAGUGAGCUCCCUCCUGCAAACAGGGAUACAUUGGCCUAUCUUAUGGUUCACCUCCAGAAAGUUGCCCAAUCACCAGCCUGCCAGAUGCCGAUAACAAAUUUGGCUAAAGUGCUUGGACCGACCAUCGUUGGUCAUCGCUCAUGUAAUCCGACCCAUCUUGAGAUGUUUGAAGACCUUAAAGUACAGCCAAAAGUUGUCGAGCGCCUGAUUUCAUUGCCCACGGAUUACUGGAACCAGUUUCUGUUGCCAAAGGGUAGCAGACAGAUACCCUACAAUCCAGGAACUCAUCACCCUGAUGGGACACCACUUACCCCAGACAUUAUGCCAGCUCCCGAAAGCAUGCUUGGUCCAGUCGAAAGUGGGUUAGCUAGUGUGAAAAGAAAGGGUGGAAGGACUCCAUACACGCCAAAGUACGCCCCUAAGGGGAAAGAGCCUUCCAAAAGACCAAAAUUGUUUGAGUCGCCACAUGCAUGAGAUUUCGUACUAGAUGCAACUGGAUGAAAUUUCUUCGUUUACGUCACUAUCGAAAUUUUUGUAGUAGCAUAGGGCAAAAAACCUGCGUUAUGCAAUACAGCCGUAGUCUACAAUCAAAUCUAACAUUUCAAAAGAAACUCUGGUAUAUUUAUAAUUUGACUAAGAAGAGUUUAUAAUGAGCAAUUGAUAGGCAUUUGUACUGCCAUAGAGAUGCAGUACCUGUAGCCCUCUAGAGCACAAGGCUAGAUCAUUCUCAUGGUGUUAAUGACCUUGCUCCUUUUGGUAAAAAAAUUACAAGAGGAAUCUUACAGCUGUCCAACCAUGUGAUAAAAGAGUCCUAUAAUGCAAUUCGGCAACCAAUUGACAAAUCUAUGUUAUUUGCAGUUUUAGUUAAAAACAGGUUGAGAACCUUGAAGAUUAGAGAGAGUGUGCAUAAUUCCAAUAUUCGCUGAUUUCACACUGAAAGUCGUUAAUUAAUCGAAUAACGCAAGCACAUUGGAGGAUUUUCAGAUGUUUUAUUAGAACUUUUCCCUUGGAUAUCUGGUGUUUUCUUAAUGUCAUUUCCCACACGUAAAUUCAUAAGCAACUGAUUUCAGCCCACAGGUCUUUUCAAUUUAAACAACUCGAGUAUUUUUCGUCAAUAGAGCUUUUUUACAUGAUUAAUCGUCUCGCUUUUUUCUUCCGUUCUCGUGCCCAUUUUUCUUGACAUCACUUUGUUGUACAUUUUAAUCGAAAAAAAUGCAAACUGUUCUUUAAAGCAUUAUUUUGUAGUAUGAAUUUUCGUAUCACUUUGUUUGCAAACUUUUAGUUUGUGGUCUGCAUUUUGUAAUCAUAAUUUAAGUUCUCAUAAUCCACCAAAUUUUGUUUAUCUCGAUCUUUUUCCUUCAAUGACAUCAGAAUGCUACUUUUGGCCAUAAUAUGAAUAAGAAAAUACUCCCCUCCUUUGUUUCAUAUACAUGUGAAACGAUUAACAUCAGUCUUUGAAAUUUUGACCGAAGAGGAGAAUGAAAAAAAGCUAAUGUCAAAGAUGAAAAAGAAAAUGUUACUCAAACACCCUUUUUCGACCCCAAAUGUAACUGUGAAUUCAGAUUACUCUAAAUCAUGAUAUCAUAAUGUCGAAACACUAUUGGCAUCGGUCGUAUUUUGACAGAUACCAGAAUCCAAAUUUUUUCUUUAUCAUCGAAUACUACAUUAUUCUAUUCCCUUUUCACUAGAGUCUAUUUUCAUAAAAACGUGGCUUUCAAGUCUUGUCUCGAGAGCAUUUAUUUAUUACCACCAUUGUUAGAUCCGGUGCUAAUUACUCAUUAACUCGUAUUUCAACAAGGAAAAUCUAACAGGUAUUUUCUAUUUAACAUUUGAAGACGAAAGGGGAAAAUGGUAAUCGCUAGAUAAAUAUCAAAACACAAAGUAAAUGCUCAAGCAUAUUUAUUUGCUGUGCUUCGGGAAGGGUGCUAAUUUUUCUAUGUUCCAUCUGAACAUGUUAAUAAUGUCUUGUUUGUAAUGGGAUAUAAAAACGUCUUAACACCAAGAAAGAAAAAUUUAUUUUGAAGAAUUCAAGAAUAAACAUGUUUUGGCUGAAAACUAAUGAAUGUGCCUAUCUCUUGGCAGUGGUGCAGAACUAAGGUGAGCCACUCGUGUCUAACCUGAAACAUCCGUUUUUAUAAGAUAAAUUUUAUAGAAACAGGAGCCUCAAAAUCGUCUAAAGUUGAGAACAAGCCGAGGCUCAAGUAAUGUUAAAGUAAUUUUGAACAACUUUUUGUUACCCCUUAAAAAAUCCCAUCUCAAAAACAAAGAGUUUUUUGCCAACUUUGGGUACUUUGUCGUCAUGGUGGAUGCUGCUGGCAUUCAUCAUAAUGACCUUUGCAUAGAUUGAACAAGCUUUCAACUGAUGAAGCCACAGCAGUAUGACGUCAAUACUGAAGAUGGAGAUCUCCCUAUUUCUAAACACAGUUGGCCGCAUGCAGGCUUCUCUUUUUAGUUAAGGAAAGCUUUCAUACUUGAGAGCUUUCUUCUUAAUACAGAAACCGUAUAAUAUUUUCAUAGACUCAGCAUGCUUUUAAUGUUAUAGCUACCUAUUUUGUUUUUCAUUUCCAGUAACUCGCGUGGUCGUUUUGUGUCCCAUUACGUCAACGAUUUUUAUUUUAAAUGCAAAUCCAGAGCCGUACAUCUGUCAUGUCAAUUGAGGGGGGGGGGAGGGUCAGCAGAGCAAAAGAAUAUAAAGUGUGCAGUGGGUCAUGGCACCACAAAGCAAUUUAUGAUAGGUGUUAUGGACAGAGUUGAGGGGCAAACGCCUUAGAAACCAAUGAUCGAUAUCUUUUAUUUUCUAGGACUUUUUCACUUCCAUAGAAGUCAUUUACAGCUAAUCAUCAGCGUUUCUUAAUUAGUAAAGAAGCGACUUUAUCAGGGAACCACAUGAAUAUUUUUGUAACUGCAAAUAAUAGAAAUAUUUAAUUGUGCAGUCAAAAUUCGCAUAAAGUUUGCUAUGCAUUCAUCAGGUGUUUCUUGAGUAGUUUCCGGCUUACCUGUCACAAUACAUUUUAUAUUAAAAUAUUGCUUAUAAGAAACGUCAGGCCCAGGAUCAUCCACUUUUUAAAAUUCGCAUAUUUACAUCAUAUUUUUACUUGUUUCGCAAUUUUCACAACAGAGAAUCGCAAUUCUGAAAUUUCUUUUCAAAAUUCAUGUUGUCUAUUCGAGAGCGAGCGAUUUUCUCCUGAAACUAUACCAGAUUUAAAAAUAUAUGAAUGGUGCAAGAAUAUGUUCAGGUUCAAAAAGAAAUUUCGUAAAAUAAUGGAGGCUGGACAAAAUUUAUAGUGUUCUAAUAAAAAAGAGUAUAGUCGUUGCCUCUCUAUGCAAAAGUACUUCUUGAUUGACAUUGUACUUUUACGCAAAUCAAUUUUCUUUCAUGCUCUUUUUGUCUUUUGGCCACUGGCGGUUUUAGGGAUUGCGGGGCCCAGGGCCAAAAACAUCUACGGGGCCCUUGUUCUUUACAAUUUCCAUCUUUUUUCGUAGGUGUGGUGCCCCUUUUGGCUAUCAUAAGCGCAGGGCCUAUCAUAAGCCACGGCCCCCCUGGACCCCCCUUAAAACCGCCACUGUCAUCGUGGUGACUGAAAUGACAUGCAAAAUCUAGAAAAUGUUUACUUUGAAGCCCAAACCUAUGGCAGCAAAAGAUGGCCUCGGUGACUGCAAUUUUACUGUAAAAUGUGUACUUUCAAUACAACCCGUACAAAACCAUAGCCAAUGUUUUAGUCGGGCACUGAAAAGGUGGGCGGGCCACAGGGGCGAAGCCGAAAAAUUCUUAACUACAGCAUAAUAUAAUACAAUAUGCAUAACUCUUCAAGAUACUAUUUAAGUAUUUCUAAGUUUUAAGUAUUUUUAUUCCUUCACCAAGAAAGGCUAGUCUUCCUUCAAUACUAAUACAAACAAAUAUCAAUAACUAUAAGAAACAACGUAUUUCAAAGUUUUAAUUCAUUGACAUAUUUGGUCAAGGAUGAAAUACCACCGAUCCUCGAAUUUGCCCCCUGGGGCUUAUUUUUUGUAUUGGUAGUUGGGGGUUGUUCGAGGGGGCCUAUACAAGGGGAGCUUAUAAAAUUAUAGUAGACAUUUAAUUAAUCAUCACCAAAAGUAUGAAUUUUUGUGGUAAUUCAAUAAAACGCCAAAGGCAACAUCAGAUGGCAAAAAUCAACAAAUCGAGGGGGGCCAAUUCAA